AUGGGGAGUGCUGCCAUUGUUGACGGGAGUUUGUGGGAUAAGGUGGUGCUUGCAGAAAUUGCGGUAGCGGGAGUGGUCUCUGCGAAAUUACGAGUAGCAAGGGUAGCUGUCUCGGAUCCUAUUCUCUUCAGGUUCCGGCCCCUUUUGCAGAGGGUGAGGAAUUGGGGAAGUUGUCCAGAGGUGGGGGCAGUGCAAGCUGCAAUUUGUAGCAUGGUAAGGUCUGCAGAAAUUGUUGACUUGGAGGGGUCAUGUCUGCAAGCUGCAAUUUGCGGGGACGGAGGAUUGCGGGGAUGGGGUAUUCGGGAAUUGCGGAUUGCGGGAAUUACAUAA